UUCGAGACUCCAUGCUGCAACGCGUUUAACUCACAACUAAGAAGGUACCUACCGUCAUCCGGAUAUGUCAUGACUACAACUGUUGACUAACUUCCAGGGAGACCUCCGCUAUGGCACGAAUCUUUAAACCCUUCGGGAUACCGACUGCUCUGAAACAAUUUUUACGACCCUACUCGGCUGCCGCCGCCCCGGCUGUGAUCACCACCCCGAGGCUUGGAAAACAAGCAGGGACGGGCGGGAAGACGCAAGACAUAAAGCUUCCUUUAAUCCCGCGCCCCAUACCUCUCGUUCCCGAUGUCGAGACAUUCCUCACUGUAAUAGGCCGGGGUCUAAAGCAGCACGCCUCCAAGUUCCCGACAUGGGAGGCUCUAUUCACCUUGACGACUGAUCAGCUGCGGGAGCUCGGCGUCGAACCACCCCGGUCGCGCAAAUACCUGAUCAGAUGGAGGCAACGGUUUCGGGAGGGGAAAUUCGGUGUCGGUGGUGAUCUCAAAUACGUCUCGAAUGGUGCUGCGGAAUUGAGAGUCCUGGAACUGGCUCCCACCCCGUUGCUGCGCAAGAGAUAUGUUGUCAACAUACCCCCUGGAAAGAAGAUCGAGGAGGUUUUGCGCGGACAAAUGAUGAGGCCGCUUGGCUACAAGGUUCGAGGCACCCGGACUAUUGUUGGCCCUUACGCUCUACCGAAAAAGGACGGUUCCCGUAUCACCGUGACGGAGGGGAUGUGGGAGGACAGGAGAGGGCAUAAGGUGGACGGAGGCGAGAGAAGAAAGGCAGAAGUGCGCUUCAAGAGGGGUGUGGCUGAGCGCAAAGCUCGGAGGGAGAGGCUUGGUCGCUGAGUGCCUCGACCAAGCCGUGUUCUAUAACCGAAAGCUACAGUAGAUGUGGCCAUCUGUAGAAUAUGUACAUCAAUGGAGACGAGUGAACCACUAGGGUUCUCAGGAAUGGCGAACAAUUGCAUCAACACCAUACCAUGUACCUACCUAGUCACUUCGCGCAUUGGUUGUUUGCGAGUACAAGGAAUCUAUUCACGAGCCUGGUGGCAUUCGAUGUGACAUCCAAUGUCGAUGCCUACAACGAACGUCUUUUAAAACGAGACUCAGGGUUUGUGCGGCUGCAGCUUAAGCAAGGGAGGCAAUGUUAAGACUCGACAAAUAAAUAAAUUAGAAAAUUGAUAAGUGAGAGCCUAUUUCGUCUUUCGAGCAACAUACAUCUUGAGAAAUCACCUUCUCGUACAUAUGUCAC